AUGGCCGAUGAAAGUGACUAUACCGAAUCUGAAGCGGCGUUCGUCCCCGAGGCAUCCGACAAUGAAGCGGCGGCCACGCGAAGCCGACGACGAGCAUCUCUCUACGACGUGGUGGCUGGACGUGUCGGUCGCAAUGGCUUCUUCACCCGAGAAGAGCAACAGCUAUCCAACAUGGCUCCCGUUGGGCCCGAGGAACACCUACUGCGGCACGGCAGGGUUCCGGUAAAGGCUCUUCUGGAGGUUCGCGACCCAGGAGCUGAUCUCGCAGCAGCCGACCAACUGCCCGACUCCGACAUGCUCAAAGCCAUCCACACGUACGCUUCGGACUUUUACAGCGCGGCUACGUCGAACAGUGGCGCGUACGACUUUCGAUCCCUGGACGAGACGGCGCUCAUUGCAACGGGCAUACUACUCGAGGAGGCAGUCAAGGAAGCGCUGGGUGAGAAUGGGGACAUGGUGUUUGUGGAACCGGAAGGUCUGGAGAAGGGACUGGGAGAGACCAAGAUGACUCAACACCAGAUUCGAGGGAGAGUGAAGCCGCGGACAAAAGGUGAACGGUUGGAAUUGUCGGGCGACGAAGAUCAGGACCAGGAGUCACGCGCAAAGCGAAGGAGACGUUGA